CGCGCAGUCCAGUGUUUUCAUGCGCACAGAAAUGGCGGAUGCUAUAUUUGUCACGUAUUUCGCACUCUUGUUGACAUUUAAAUUAUGCUCAGGAGACAUUGCGUUACAAGAGCAGGAUGUUUCUCUUGACAAUGAGGGAUCGGAGCUACCCAGGCCGUUGGAUAACGGCCUUAGCGGCAACGCGAGCAGCCAAAAACGUUUCAAGUGCCAUACGUGCGAGGAUGCGGAAUGUUCCUCAUCGCCCAGCAUCUGCGAAGACGCGAUCACUUGCUGGAACGCAAUUGUGAGGAAUGCUGAUGGCACGGAACGUGUUAGCCGUGGCUGUUACAAAACUGAGGAUCACAAGUUGUUUUUGUGCAAUAAAGAACAUGCCGAGAGCCGCGAGAAGAGACACGUCAGAGUAUUGGCGAAUGGUGUUCAAUACUCUGUUGAAUGUUGUCAAGCGGAUUUUUGCAACGUCGGACCUUAUCCCGCGUUGCAAGAUUAUUCGACAAAUGUAGACAGAGGAAAUUACGUGCUGAAGUUAACAUUCGCGAUCCUCGGACCGUUGGUUGGAUUACUGGUCGCUGGGGUAGUACUGUUUUGUUUAUUAACGCAUCGGACACGGAGAAAACGGCCGAUAGUGUCGCGUCGGAACAAACUUAUUUCAGAUUCCGAGAUCGAGCCUUCCAUGUUACACUUCUCGUUUUCUUCGCCCACGUCGUCCACCACUUGUCAUCCGCACGAGCUUAGGGCAACGGCUGCGGGCGACAGCACGCUCAAAGAAUAUCUCGGAGGCCGAAGCUUAACCAGCGGCUCCGGCUCUGGUUUGCCGUUGCUAGUACAAAGAACUUUGGCCAAGCAAGUGGCUUUAGUAGAGUGUCUCGGUAACGGUAGCAGCGGUGGUUUCGGCGGAGAGGUGUGGAGAGGAGUUUGGCACGGCGAGAAUGUGGCUGUGAAAAUUUACUUUUCCCGGGACGAGGCCGCGUGGACGCGAGAGACGGAAGUUUAUUCCAAGCUGUUGCCGUCCAGACACGACAACAUUCUGGGAUACAUCGGAAGCGACAUGACCAGCAGAGCUAGCUGCACCCAACUGUGGCUGGUGACGCAGUAUCAUCCGCUCGGUUCGCUCUUCGACCAUCUGAACCGAUCGCCACAUCCGCUGACUCCUCAUCAGACCCUCAACAUCUGUCUGAGCAUCGCGAACGGCUUGCUCUAUCUGCACACGGAGAUUCACGGUACUAAAGGGAAACCGGCAAUGGCGCAUCGCAAUUUGAAAUCGAAAAAUAUCCUGGUGAAGAACAACGGGGGUUGCGUGAUCGCCGAUUUCUCGCUGGCAGCAACGCAAGAGUGUCUCGCGACAGGCAGAAUCGACCUGCGGCAAGGAACGAAGCGUUACAUGAGUCCCGAGAUUCUCGAUCAAACAAUAAACGCCGAGUGUUUGGAGAACUUUCGGCAAGCUGAUAUCUACAGUUUGGGACUGAUACUGUGGGAAGUCUGUCGUAGAUGCGUGAGUAACGGCGUAGCCCUGGAGUACGCAAUGCCGUACAGCGAAUGGUUGCCAAGUAGCAAUCAGGAGCCCUCCAUAGAAGAAAUGCGUAAAUUAGUCUCGCUUGAUCAACGAAGGCCUCCGCUUCCAAAUAGGUGGCAUUCUGAUCCGACACUAGCCGGAAUGGGAAAGCUGAUGCGGGAGUGUUGGCACGGGAAACCAGCGGCCCGGUUACCCAUACUCAGGGUAAAAAAAACACUCGUGAAAUUAGCGGCUAGUGAUUCUCGUGUUCAUUUACCUCUCGACUGACCAGCAUUCAUUUUGCUCGACUCUCUCUCAUCUGUGUAUUUAUUACUGUUGCCGCACCGAACUAUCACGCACAUUAUAAGUUCGAUCAUCCUCAUCGAUCACAUUUCUACUUUAUCGAGCCGUUAUAUCAAGAGGAUAAGAAAAUAUCGUAUAUUGACAUAUCGAAUUGACGAUGUUAAUGAGUUUGUUAAUGUUUGGCUAAUUGUGAAUUUUGUUAUCUUCUGUUCUACUCUGUUGUCAUUCUGAGGUAACGAUAGUAUUAAGUACGACGCAACGUAGCGCCGAUCAAGCUGAAUCAUUGAGUAUAGAAAUAUUGUUCAAAGGUAAAUGAUUGCUCGCCAGGGCGCAACGAAGCUGUUUGAGGAAGAAAGAUUUCUUCCUCACUGCACGGCCUUGUCACACCCGGUUGUAGAUGAUCAUUUAUCGAAUUAGAUAAUGUAGGAAUUAUUGUUUUUAUUUUCUUUUUUUUUUUUUUAACGCGAAUGACGACAAGGAGACUUCCUUAAUUAUUAAUCACUGAUUAAGUUUAAUGUUACUUUAAACCGUCGAGAUUUGAGUGAACAUAUGCCACAUGUACAUAAUAACCGUUGCGCCCGAUUCAUAAUGAAAACCCAGAAACAACAUUUUUAUGUUGUUGAGACAAUGCUGUAUUCUUGAAAAGAGAGUUUUCAAAGAUUCUCCCAGCCGAUUUCCGCACGAUUAAUCUUGAUCUUUCUCAUCAGUAGUAAUUUAUCUGUUUUUUCUUUUUUUUUUCCUUUUUUUUUUUUGUACUAAAUUUAUUCGCAACGGCUUCCUUGGAAGUUUAAGACAUCGAGAUUUUGUUUUAUUAAAAAAAUUGAAAUUUUUAAACUAGCUUAAAUCCAGUUUUAAAAAACUAGUUUGAAAGUUGAGAAUUAGGCCCGAUCAGAGCCGAAAGAUCGCUGUUAUUAGUGUGUUAAAAAUGGUUAACGGAAACUGAUUUAUCAACAGUUCAAUCAAAUAAUCAAAAAACAAAAAAAAAAAAAAAAGAUGUUUGUAAAUAGUAUAUGUAUAUUAAUAAUUAUUGUAAUUGUAAUUGGUAUCACAGGCCUUUUUCAUAGCGAAAUCACAAUAUCUCCUACUGAUAAGUUACACAAAUAAAACAUAAACAAAAAAUGUAUCAUAUGAAAAUAAGUCACACUCACAUAUUGAAACCUCUUCAAUUGGAACAAGUUCAGGAAUAGUUUUUCACUCGGUAAGCGUGCGUGUUACGUCAAACAUAAAUAAAAAUUAAAAAACAUUAAAAAAAAAAAAAAAAAAAGACCGAAAGUUCACACACAAUAGGAGCAAUGUAAUAUAAAUCAGAUAUAACCAUUGUACAAAAGAGAGUUUUUUAUACGUAACAAAUAUACAAAUUUUAACUUAA